UAAGUAUCACUGGCAGACGGCGAACGUGAAGGUGAGCGGCGUGGACGACAUGGUUCUACUGUCCAAGAUCAACGAAGACGCCAUCACCGAAAACCUGCGCAAGAGAUACAACGAUGACUACAUCUUUACCUACAUCGGUCCGGUUCUGAUCUCGGUGAACCCGUUCAAGCAGCUGCCGUAUUUCACGGACAGAGAAGUGGAGCUGUACCAGGGAGCGGCCCAGUACGAGAACCCUCCUCACAUCUUCGCUCUGGCCGACCUCAUGUUCAGGAACAUGAUGAUCGACUCCGAGAACCAGUGUGUGAUCAUCAGUGGGGAAAGUGGCGCGGGGAAAACGGUGGCGGCGAAGUUCAUCAUGAGUUACAUUUCCAAAGUUUCCGGAGGAGGAGCCAAGGUCCAGAGGGUCAAGGACAUCAUCCUGCAGUCGAAUCCUCUGCUCGAGGCUUUUGGAAACGCCAAGACCGUCCGGAACAACAACUCCAGCCGCUUCGGGAAGUAUGUGGAGAUCCAGUUCUGUGGGGGCGGGGCUCCAGACGGAGGAAAAAUCUCAAACUUUCUUCUGGAGAAAAGUCGAGUCGUUUCACAAAACGCAGGAGAAAGAAACUUCCACAUUUACUACCAGAUCCUGGAGGGGGCGAGCUCGGAGCAGAGGGAGAAUCUGGGCGUGACCACACCGGAUUAUUAUUUCUACCUCAACCAAUCAGGGACCUACACCGUGGACGACGUCAGCGACAAGAAGGACUUCGCCGAAACCAUGGAGGCCAUGGCGGUGGUGGGUUUGUCUGUGGAGGAGCAGGACUCGGUUCUUCAGAUCGUGGCUUCGAUUCUUCACCUCGGAAACAUCAGCUUCAGAGAAGAAAACAACUACGCCUCCAUCGAGAGUCAGGACUUCCUGGCCUUCCCGUCCUUCCUCCUGGGCGUCCAGCAGGAGGCGCUGUGCAGUAAACUGACCAGUCGUGUGAUGGACAGUAAAUGGGGCGGUCGCUCCGAGUCCAUCGCCGUGACGCUGAACACGGAGCAGGCGGCGUUCACCCGAGACGCUCUGAGCAAAGCUCUGUACGGACGACUCUUCGACUUCCUCGUCCAGAGUGUAAACAGAGCGAUGCAGAAGGAUCAUGAGGAGUUGAACAUUGGAGUUCUGGACAUUUACGGCUUUGAGAUCUUCCAGAAAAACGGUUUUGAACAGUUUUGUAUCAACUUUGUGAACGAAAAACUGCAGCAGAUUUUCAUCGAACUCACACUGAAGGCAGAACAGGAGGAGUAUGUGCAGGAGGGGAUCCAGUGGACACCGAUAGAUUAUUUCAACAACAAAGUAGUUUGUGACCUCAUCGAAUCCAAGAGUCCUCCUGGGGUCAUGUGUGUGUUGGACGACGUUUGUGCGACGAUGCACGCCAAAGGAGAAGGAGCCGACCUCACACUGCUGCAGAAGCUCCAGGGACAGGUGGGGUCAGAUGAUCACUUCAGCAGCUGGAACCAGGGCUUCAUCAUCCACCACUACGCCGGCAAGGUGUCGUAUGACGUCAGCGGGUUCUGCGAGAGGAACCGUGACGUUCUGUUUCCAGAUCUGAUCGAGCUGAUGCAGAGCAGCGAGUUUUCUUUCAUCAGAAGUUUGUUUCCUGAAAACCUGGAGGCUGAGAAACGAGGACGACCCUCGACUGUCGGCUCCAAGAUCAAGAAACAGGCGAACUCGCUGGUGCAGACGCUGAUGCGCUGCACACCGCACUACGUCCGCUGCAUCAAACCCAACGAGACCAAACGGGCCGGAGACUGGGAGGAGAAGAGAGUCCGACACCAGGUGGAGUAUCUGGGCCUGCGCGAGAACAUCCGGGUCAGACGGGCCGGGUUCUCCUACAGACGGGUCUUCAACAAGUUCCUCCAGAGGUACGCGAUCUUGACCCGUGAGACGUGGCCGGUGUGGAGGGGGGGGCAGCGUGACGGGGUUCUGCACCUGCUCAGAUCCGUCAACAUGGACCAGGACCAAUACCAACUUGGAACCAGCAAAGUCUUCAUCCGGGCCCCAGAGUCGUUGUUCCUGUUGGAGGAGAUGAGGGAGAGGAAGUACAACGGCUUCGCUCGAGUCAUUCAGAAAGCCUGGAGGAAACACGUCGCUGUGAGGAAGUACGUCCAGAUGAGACAAGAAGCCUCGGACAUCCUGCUGAAUAAGAAGGAGCGGCGCAGGAACAGUCUGAACCGGAACUUUGUGGGCGACUACCUGGGGCUGGACCAGCGCCCCGAGAUCCGGACCUUCAUCGGGAGGAGGGAGCGAGUCGAGUUCGCCGACGUGGUCCUCAAGUACGACCGGAGGUUCAGGAGCGUGAAGCGCGACCUCGUCCUGACCCCGAAAUACCUGUAUCUGAUUGGACGAGAGAAAGUGAAGCAGGGACCAGACAAAGGACAGAUCCAGGAGGUCCUCAAGAGGAAGAUCGAGAUCCAGAAGAUCCAGUCCGUGUCCCUGAGCUGUCUCCAGGACGACCUGUUCGUGGUCCAUGAGGAGGAGUACGACAGCGUCCUUCAGAGCGUCUUCAAAACGGAGCUCCUGAGUCUGAUGGUCAAACGCUACAACGAAAAGAUGGGCAAGAAGCUCCCGCUGAAGUUCAACAACCUUCUGGAGUUUAAGGUGAAGAAAGGAGGCUGGGGUCCGUUCACAUCGGGCGGGUCCAGACAGAUCCAGUUUUCUGUGGGUCACGGAGACGAGGCGGUUCUGAAACCCAGCGGAAAAGUUCUGCACGUGAGCAUCGGCCCGGGACUGCCCAAGGACUCAAGACCGACUCGGAAAGACAACAGGAAGAGCCGCUACAUCAGCCCCGCCCACAACGCCCACAACGCCAACAACGCCAACAACGCCAGACCGCAACACCGCACAGGUGCAGGUGCAGGUGCAGGUGCAGGUGCAGGUGACAGGCGUGUCUCCAGGGGUCUCUCUCUGCGUCAGUCGUCGAUGGAGCAGCCGUCUCUGCCUCGUCUCCAUGGAAACCGUCAGAGCAUCCUGUCGCCACAGCAACCGCAGGACCUCACCUUCAUGGAGGUCCCCGAGACCGGAGCCGCCGGGCUGCAGAGGAGGAGGUCUAAGGAGGUUCGCCCGGAGCCCGGUCGUGGUCGUCCAAAGCCGUCGCCGAAGCCCCGCCCCCGCACGCCGCAGUGUCGCGCUCUGUGGGCGUACGACGCUCAGGACACCGACGAACUCAGCUUCAACACGGACGACGUCAUCGAGAUCCUGUCCGAGGACGCGAGCGGGUGGUGGUUCGGGCGUCUCCGCGGCCGAGAGGGAAUGUUCCCCGGAAACUACGUGGAGAAGAUUUAAGACGAGAUGUUUCCGGAAACUUGGUGGAGAAGAUUUCAGACGAGCCCAAGAACACGUUUUAUCUCUCGAGCUUUUUUCUGUUGUGACUGAAUCGUCUUUUAUAAACUCGUCAGUUAAACUCG